AUGCUUUCUUUCUUUGUUUUUCUCUCUUUCAUUCUUUUUCCUCUUACCAUUGUAUCUUUUGCUCAAAUUUUCUUAAUUGAUUUUUCAUUCGUCUCUAUACACACUCUUUACCUUACGAUCUUAAUUUUUCUCUCUCUUUCUCUCCCCUCUUCAUUCAUUCAUUCAUUCUUUCUUUCUUUCUUUCUUUCUUUCUUUCUUUCUUUCUUUCUUUCUUUACUACUUCUGUCUAUUUUUUUCAUUCACUCGUUUUCCUUUUCCCCUUUGUAUCUUUGCUCAUCGUUUUUUAAUCGAUUUUCAUUAGCCUCCCCCCCACACUCUCUCUCUCUCUCUCUCCUAUCUACUCUCGCCCUCUCUCUCCCAAACGAUCAUAUUUCUCUCUCUCCCUCUCCCUCUCUCUCUUCCUGUUUCUCUCACUGUUUCACAUACAACCCCCAUACGCAUUUCCCAUGCUCUCUUUCCUUCUUACAACAUUGUAUUCUUGUUUCUCUUUAUUUGUUUUUUUUCUUUUUCCCGUUUACUUUCACUUCCAAGCUUAUAGCUGUAAUUCACUAUCUCUCUCUCUCUCUCUCCAGUUCUUUCUUGCUAUCUCUCUCUAAUCUUCUAUCUCUAGUUCUUCAUUAUACCCCUCACUCUCUAGUUCUUUCUUUCUUUCUCUCUCUCUCUAGAUCUUUAAUAUUCUUUCUUCCCCCCUCUCUCUCUCUAGUUCUUUACCAUUUUCUCUAUUUCAUUCUUUCUCUCUCUCUCUCUUUCUCUAGUUCUUUCUACCGAUGUCUCUCUAGUUCUUUAAUACGCUCUCUAGUUCACUAUACUCAUCUCUCUCUCUCUCUCUCUGACAGGUUCUUUCUUCCCAUUUCUCUCGAGUUCUUUAACACUCUCUCUAUUCUUUCUCCCUAUCUCUCUCUAAUCUUCUAUCUCUCUCUAAUCGUCUAUCUCUCUAGUACGUUCUCUCCCCUCUCUCUCUCUCUCUCUAUUAAUUAUACCUCUCUCUCUUCUCCGUUCUUCCUCUCUCUCUCUCUCUCUCUCUAUUCUUUCUUCCUCACUCUCUUUCCCUCUAGUUUGUUCUGCCUCUCUCUCUCUCCCCCCUCUCUCUUGUUCUUCCUUCCUCUCUCUAUGCAUUUCUUUCUUCCACUAUUUCCCUCUCUAGUUCUUUCUGUCUACUUUUAUACUGUACCUCUCUCGUUUGUUCUACCCGCCUCUCUCUCUCUCUCUCUCUCUCUCUCUGCAGUUCGUUCUUCCUCUCAUUUUAGUUCUUUCUUUCUCUCUCUCUCUCUCUAUUCUUUCUUUCUCUCUCUCUCAUUAAUUAGUUCUACCUCUCUCUGUCUCUAUAGUUCUUUCUUCCCAUCUCUCUCUAGUUCUUUAAUACUCUAUCUCUCUGGUUCGUUCUUGCUCUCUCUCUCUCUCUCUACAUUCUCCCCCUCUCUCUCUAGUUCAAUCUUCUAUCUCUCUAUUUCAUUCUUCUACUCUCUCUCUCUCUCUCUAGUUCUUUCUUCCCUUCUCUCUCUUUCUAGUUCUUCGUUCUCGCUCUCUCUCUCUCUCGAGUUCUUUCUUCCUUUCUCUCUCUUUCUAGUUCGUUAUCGCUCUCUCUCUCUCGAGUUCUUUCUUCCUAUCUCUCUCUCUAGUUCCUUCGUUCUCUCUCUAAUUCUUUUUCCUCUCUCUCUAUCUCUCUAUUGUUUCUUCCUCUCUCUCGCUAGUUCGUUCUUCUCCCCCCUCUCUCUCUAUUCGUUCUUCCUCUGUCUGUCUCUUUCUUUAGUUCUUUCUUCCUCUCUCACACCAGUUCUUUCUUCCCCUUCUUUCUCUCACUCAAGAUAUUUUUUCUAUCACGGCAUUCAUUUUUUUAUUAUUUUUUCACACUAG